AUGCACGAUGAUAAAGAGAAAAUAGCGAAUGCUAAACCGUACAGUCAAGUACCUGGACCUAAAGGUUAUCCUAUCAUUGGCACUCUAUUGACUUUCUUAAAAAAUAAUGGCUACUAUCGAAAACGACCCCAUUUAUUAUUUCAUGAGUAUAAGAAAAAAUAUGGACCCAUUUAUAAAGACAAAUUCGCCAAUCAAGAACUAAUAUUUAUAUCAACACCAGCAGAUGUUGCUGCUGUUUUUAAAGCAGAAGGAAAAUAUCCAGAUAGAGGACCAAACAUGCCAUGGAUCACUUAUCGUGAACAACGAAAAAAAUCUAAAGGUGUCUUAAUCGGCGAAGGAGAAGAAUGGCGAAAGUCAAGAAGUGUCAUGGAUAAGAAACUGCUAAAAAUGAAGGAUGUUGGUGAAUAUUGCGAAAGAAUGAAUCAAGUCAUUUCCGAUCUAAUUUCGUUCAUAAAGCAAAAACAAAUAACGGAUAAUCUAAACGGAGAAUUAGGCAAUCUACAGGAUGCAUUAUACAAAUGGUCCUUUGAAACCAUCAACAGUGUUUUAUUUAGUAAACGACUUGGAUCAUUUAAUGAUCCGCCUACUCCAAUUGCUGAACAAUUUUAUAACAAUGUUUGUGACAUGAUGGAUGCAACUGGUCAGCUUGUGUUUUUACCACCAUAUUAUAAGUAUAUUAAGACUAAGCGAUGGAAAAAAUACUGUAGUUACUGGGAUACAUUAUUUGAGAUUGGUGGUAAAUUAAUUCAAGAAGAGCGCAAUCGAUUACUAUCAAAUGGAUUGGAUCUUUCCCAAAUGUCAGAAACUGGUCGUCGAACUGAAGAAAUGGAGUUUUUACCCUAUGUUUUAUCGCGUGGGGAAUUAAAUGAUGAAGAGAUCGCUGGCAAUAUUAUAGAGUUGAUGAUGGCAGGUGUUGAUACAUCGGCCAAUACGAUAUUAUGGACGUUAUAUAUCUUGGGAAAGAAUCCUGAUAUUCAAGAAAAGUUAUACCAGGAAGUCAGUGGUAUAUUAAAAGACGGACAAUUUCCUGAUAGCCAAACCGUACAGAAAAUGCCUUACCUGCGAGGAGUCAUUAAAGAAAGUCAAAGACUAUAUCCAGUAUUAGUGGCAACGGCGCGUAUUCUGGACAAAGAUAUUGUGCUAAGUGGAUAUCAUGUUCCUGCUAAGACUAGAAUAUCAGCAGUGAUGUAUCUGAUGGCAAUGGAUGAAUCAAUUUUUGAUGAACCAACAAAGAUCAUACCUGAACGAUGGAUACGAUCAUCGCCAUCAUCACAGCAUCAGCGUAAUCCAUUUAGUUUUAUCCCAUUUGGUUUUGGACCAAGAAUGUGUAUUGGAAGACGCAUAGCAGAAUUAGAAAUGGAAUUAUUAAUUGCCAGAUUGAUUUUGCAAUUUCGAAUUGACUGUCGCAAUGAAACAGAUGUUGGAAUGACAUUUAGAUUUGUCGUAUCGCCUGAUCAAGAUAUUCGAAUUGCGUUUCAACAAAGAGUUUAA